AUGACCGCAGAUGUUGGUCGCUGGCAAUCUGUUCUUUGCCUGAUUUUCUUUACCUAUCUACAUCUGAAUUUCAUCACCGUUCCUCUUCUGUCCGUGUUAAUACUACUUGCUACUGGUGCGAUAAAUGGCACUGUUAUACGCGAUGGUAUAGUAGGUGCAAAUGGUGUCAAACCUCUUGAUAUCAUGGCCCUUUUCAUUUCCUUGGCGUAUCUGUCAAUAUCUUUGGAUGCUACAGGCCUUUUGAGAUUUCUUGCAUUCAAGGUUGUCCAGAAAGGGGGCUCCUCCGGACGCAAGCUUUACGCGUACCUGUACAUCUUCUUUCUCAUCUGCGGUGCCAUCGUCGGUAAUGAUCCAGUGAUACUGUCUGGUACUGCUUUCCUUGCAUAUAUGACCAGAGUAUCGGGGUCUCUCAGUAUUUCGAACCCCACAGCUUGGAUAUUCGCUCAGUUCGCAGCCGCAAACAUGGCAUCCGUCGUCCUCGUCUCUUCUAACCCGACCAAUCUCGUCCUCUCCGGCGCCUUCGCCCUCUCCUUCACUACCUACACCGCACACAGCAUCCUCCCCUUCCUCGGCGCCGCGGCGCUCGUUUAUCCAGUGCUCGUGUUCCUCUUUCGCUCUACAGAUCUCGUCCCGCGAGCCAUUGAUGUCGACGCUGACAAUGAUGUCGGUGCGGCGCUUGUGGACAAACAAGGUGCAGUUGUGGGCAGCGCACUCCUACUGGUCACGCUGGGUGUCCUAGUGGGCACGAGCACGAUCGGGGUGCCUGUCUGGGAGGUCACCGUCCCUCCCGCAGUCCUCAUGCUGUUAAGAGAUAUCCAUCACGACUGGUCUCGAGGACGGACUGUCGUGGCGUCGCGUCGAAGAUCCGUCCCACCCGACUCCGCGUCCAAUGACGCAACAUCUGUCAGAAACCAGCUUGAACUACGAGAAAUCCCCUCUCAGCCGUCCAUGCCAGAGCCGUGCCGCUCGCCAGCACAGUCAAUAACGCUCCAGGCCGUCUUCGACCGCAGCCGCACCCGGCUCUCGUCCUCUUUUCCAACCGUCGCCGCGAUCGCACAGCGCCUGCCCAUCCCGCUGCUCCCGUUCGCCUUCCUCAUGUUCAUCCUCGUCCAAGGUCUGUCCGCACACGGCUGGGUUGAGGUCCUCGCAAGUUGGUGGGGCGCGUGGGCUCGUAAGACCGGCGUGAUGGGCGCCAUCGGCGGCAUGGGUUUUGUCGCAUGCAUGUUCUGUAACGUAUGCGGCACGAACAUCGGCGCGACGAUCCUCCUGGCACGGGUCUUGCAGGUCUGGAUCGUCAGCCAACCCGGGCUUGAUCGCCGUGCCCGCGAAGGCGCGAUAUAUGCGCUCGCUCUCGGAUCGAACUACGGGGCGUUUACGCUGACCUUCUCCGCGUCGCUCGCGGGCCUUCUCUGGCGCAGCAUCCUGCAGCAAAAGGGCAUUCGAGUGCGACCGCGUCAAUUCCUCAUGCUAAACUUACCGAUCGCAAUCACUGCCAUGACUGCCUCGUCCGCCGUCCUCCUGGCACAGGUCUAUGUCACGCGGGGCAGGUAA